AUGGCUGGAGCGGGAUGGAUUUGCAGGAACUCACGAGGUUCAACAAUCAUGGCAAUGGCUGCACCAAUAGGAAUUACAACAACAUUGGUGGCGGAGACUUGGGCACUGUUACUGGCAGUUAGAAUGGCUACCACUAGAGGAUGGAACCAUUUGUGUUUCGAGACGAACUCAUCUGCCCUAGAGAGUCUAAUCAAAAAUGGCGACAACAAGGCUCCAUGGAUCAUUCGACAUAUGAUUAAAGAUAUUAACCAACAUCUGCAACAAAUACCUGAAUACACACCGACAAAUAUCUACAGGGAAGGGUACCAGGCGGCGGAUGGACUGGCACAUUAUACGAUAGACGAACAACUACAAAUAGGAGGUGGUACUAAUACUUUUAUUUAG